UCGUAUCUGUUGGUGGGUGCGGUUGAGAGAAGCACUAUAGAAGACGAGGAGGAAGGCUGCGUUGACGGUUGGUUAUAUGUUAUAAUACUGUUUGUCAAGCAUCAUGUCAGAAGCUGAGGAUACAUUCCCUUCUCACGAAGUGGAGGAGAAGCAUUUCGAGGUUGAAACGACAAAAUGUGGAAAAGUAAAAAUACAUGUACAAGGAGAUUUGGAAAAUCUUGAAAAAAAGGCUGUUUUUCUCACAGUUCAUGAUAUUGGAAGCAAUCAUUCAUCAUUUAAAGAUUUUGUGGAUCAUCCAUGUAUGCUUGAAAUAAAACAACGAUCAGUUUUUGUUCAUGUUGAUAUUCCUGGCCAAGAAGAUAAUGCUGGAGAUUUUCCAAAUGAUGUACCAUUUCCUACCAUUCAAAUUUUGGGAGAAGAUUUGGUGUCAGUUUUAGAUUAUUUGAAAAUAAAAUUAGUUGUUGGAUUUGGUGAAGGAGCUGGUGCUAAUGUUCUUGUCAGGUUUGCUAUAGCUCAUCCUUCAAGAGUUCUUGGCUUAGUUCUUAUUCAUUGUGUUGCAACUGGUGUUGGUAUAAUGGAAUAUUUCAAAGAUAAGAUUAUGAAUUGGAAGCUGACAAAUGUAGGAAUGAAUCCUUCUGCAGAACAAUAUCUAGUGCUUCACAAAUUUGGAGCUCAAUUGGAAAGUGUUGAAAACAAAGAAGCACUGAUACAAGACUACACAGAAAAGCUGAAAAAUAAAAUAAAUCCACGAAAUUUACGUCGCUAUGUGGAAUCAUAUAUGAAUCGAAAAGAUAUCACUUCUUUCAUUGAAACUAAUCUCAAAAAUAUGGAUGUCCUUUUGAUCAGUGGAGGAAGAGCUGCUCAUUUACAAGCUGUAGAGAAUCUGUAUGGUAGAAUGGAUAAACAAAAGACAGCAUUUUUAAAAUUAGAUAGUGUUGGCGAUGUAUUUGCACAAGCACCCGAAAAACUUGCUCAAAGCUUGCUUUUAUUUGUCAAAGGUCUUGGGUUUUUAACUUCUGUAACUCUACCUGGCGUUGAAAGGCAAAGAACAUUUUCUGGAGGAGAUCCCAAGGCUCUUGGAGCAGUUGGUCGAAGACGUACGCUGUCAAUGGAAGAGUAUGACAUGCCUCGACCACGUCGCCUGUCUCUGACCAUCCCCCAAAAAUGAACAAUCGCAUAAAGUUUUUCACUGCAAUAGAGUCACAAGCUAAUCAGAGACAAUUACAUAGAUACUGCCAAGAAAAAAUAAAACAGACUGAUUGUACAAUUGCAAUAUUAGUCUGUAAGUUGUAUUUGGAACAUCAUUCUGUUAUUUUGCCAAAAUGGUUAUCAAAUUACUGAAUUUGCAAAGAUUUGUAAAAAUUUCAAAUAAGUUACUGUGUCUGGUGGAAGUUAUUAGGAUCACUCAAAGAAUGCUUUAGAACAGAUUUAGUAAAAACAGGUAUUCCAUUCAAACUGUUGUAAGGAUUAUAACAUUUGUUGAAGGGUAAAGUGACCAGUUUGGGUCAAUUUUCUAUUUGGCAGUUCUAUUGUGCAUAAUAUAUUUAUGCAUUGACAUAGUAUCUCAAAUUAUUUUUAAUAAGGAUAAAUAUGCUCGUUAAACUUAGGUCUGUUUCAAACACUGUAUAUAAUAUUUAUAUUACAGUAUAAAAUAUACAAUCAUAGUUAUCAUACAAAAGUUUUUUAACAGAAAAAUUAUAGUUUACAGAGGAAUUUAAAGGUAUUUUAUAUUUUUUUCUUUGCUGUCUUGAAAAAAAAAUACUUAAGCUGAUCCUAUUUAUAACACGCACUGCAUUUAGUACAUUGAGUAGAAAAUGGUUUUUAAUAAUUCCAUAAAAAAUAAUGGUGGUAAAAUCAUUUCAGAACUCAAAAAAUGUUCUGUAUUAUGUACAAAAUUUAAUUAUUGAAAAAUUAAUAUCUCAAAAUGAAAUUUCAAGUAUUUACAUUUGCCCAGAAAACAUACUAAAACAUUUUCUCAUAAAUGUGACCCAAGAUUGAUCACUUUACCUACAUAGUUUCAAAAUAAAAAAUAUCAAAAAAAAAAAAAAUACAAAAUACAGAAAUGUAAAAAUGAUUUUUCUUCACUUUUAGCUUAAACAUAAUCUAGAUUACAUAUGAUCUUAUAUUCCAGUGUGGUCCCAUUUUUCCAUUCAAUUAUUAAAUAACACUUCCUGGCAUAAGUGCACGUAUUGUAUAUAUUGUUUCUUUCCUAGUUAUUUUGGAUGUUUUUUGUUAAGUUCUCUCAUUUUAAUUUCUAAUUUACUUUGAUCUCUAAUUUAAUGAAAUAACUGAUUUUGCAUUUGCACAAUUUAUACUCACAGUUUUCUAUAAUCAAUUGAACUGAUUACUAUCAGAAAGAUAUGCAAAUAGAGUGAAAAUAAUAUACUACUAAUUUUCACUACAUGAAAAAACAAGCUGUUAAAAUAAAUUUUAAACUUAACACAAUAAAUGCUACACAAAAGAUUUUAGAUAAAUUAUUUAAUAUAUUUUUCAACUCCAAAAUGAAUUUUUUCUUUUUCUCUUACAUGCAAUAUAGUUUUAAUGCAGUAAUUCUUACUUUCCCCCUCCUCACUGCCAGUCCUUAUCUCCAUAUAUAUAUAUAUGUAUAUCCAUUUCAAUGAAAAUUUUUAUUAACUUCUCAUAUUGUAGUUUAGAAACAAUGUUACUUGUGAAUUUAUUUCCAAUGUGAUUUUUGUGCAGUUGUGCAUUAUGUAAUACCUGCAUUGUUUAUGGUUGCAUCUAUUAUAUAGCUUUUCUACAAACAGAAUUAUCUGUUUUUUCUUCCCCUUAAAUGGUCAACAUGCAAUUUGUUAUAUUGUUUUAUUUCUUUAUGGUACUUUACACAAUACCAUUUUGUGCCUUCUAUGUUGGUAAUAGUGUUUCAGUGUUUCAGAAAAAAAUGCACUAUAAAUGAUGAAAUUUGAAUGAUAUGUUUCUCUAAAUCCCAACAUGAUCAUACCAAAUAUCAGAAAAACAGGAGUUUCUUUUCCCUAAUUUAUAUUCUCACAUCACAAGUUUUGUGAAAAGUGUACAUUUCAGAGAAAAAGAUAUGUCUUUGUAAAAUUUUCUAAAAAAAAAAA